UUGGAAACGUUUUACUCUGGAUAAUGUCUAGGCUCACACAACAAAGUGGCGAUGACAGUCGUUACAUUCUCGUGGCCAAGUUGGACAACGCGAGGAAUCUUCUCAACAUCCUGAAAGCUGUACAUUUCAAAGAGUCAGCCACCUGUUUUGUAAGUAACAAUGGCCUCAAGGUGACAGUUGAAGAUGCCAAGUGUGUGCAGGCCAAUGCAUUUGUCCAGAGUGGAAUCUUCCAGGAAUAUAUUUUCAAAGAGGAGAGUGCUACCUUCAGGAUAAACCUAAAUGUCCUUCUGGUAAUAAAUUUUAAUUUUAUAAACUUAAGGUUUGAAAAGAAGUCAAAGGUAGUGUAAAGAUAUGCCAUGUCAUAUCAUACUAGACAUGAAGUACUCUUUGACAAAUUGCCACUCCAUUUCUGGGGCGGAUCUUGAGGGGUGACCAAACUCCUAAAUUAAAAAAAAAUGAGAUGUUAUAACCCGGUGACUUGGCCUCAGAAUGCCAGAAAACACAUUUCCGAGGACUUCAAUUUUAAACAUUUUCCAGGUGAGGAUGCCCCCGGAAUCCCCUACAUGGGGACCGUCUUUGGCAAGCCGUAUCUAAAACCCCCUUCUUCUAAAAUCCUGUAUCUGCCCCAGCAUUUGAAAAACUGUGUGUUCUUACAAGCCACCUAAAUAAAUGGUGUUUUCUCAACAUAAUUCUUGACUAGUUGGAUACAAAAAUUAGGUGUUUUUUAUCUUAAUGGCAUUUUUGUCAAUGCAUUUAUCAAACAGUUUUGUUCCUGAAGGACUCUUAUAGGUGAAGAAUCAACUGAAG